AUGUACAACACAAGAUUGUCUUCCAAAUUAGAAAUUCUACCUGCAGACCCAAAUUCUGGGCCUGAAGCUUGCAGAGGCAGUUCUGUUCCAGAGGUUGGUGUUUUUAUUAGGAAGAAGAGAAUGAAAAAGACUGUAGAAAGUGUGGCAAAGGAGGUUAAAACAGUACCUCAUGGCCAGAAACUUUCUGGCCCACCCGACAUCGAAGACUUCGCAUAUGCUAAGGCAAGUGGUUCACCCCAGUUAGCGUCUCUUUUCAGCAAGUAA